UCCAUGGAAAGUUUGUUUUCUCUUUUUUUCGCGCUCGGGGCUCCUUCCUGAAAGUUUACGCAGGUCUGUUGUUGCACGCAUCCAACAUGACAGAGAAAUUAACGGACAUCUGGGCUAGCAGUGACUUUCUGCUGUGCUGGUUACUGCAAUGAAUGGUAACGCUGUCCAGCAGACCACGAGCACUGCGCCGUCCAUAGCACCUCCUUGUGGUUGGAGGGAGUUUUGUGAGUUGCAUGCCAGCACCACGGCCCGAGAACUAGCCCAACACUACCGGCGUUUCAUCCGAGAGCAGCCGGUUCAGGAUGUGGUCCCCCCGGAAAGUUUCUCCAAGCAGUUUAGCGCCCUGUUUCAGCACCAUUUCAGCUGCGAAGUGGCCAAAGAUGCCGAACCUGCCCCGCAGCAACCACUCCCGCCCCCCCUACCGCCCAUGACUGGCCGUCUACGCAUCACUUCCUUUUCAGGUGUGCUGGAUUACCGGGAGACGGUGCGCCCAGGAGCCGCUCCUCUAGUCGCUGUGUUGGCGCCCAAACCUGAUGCGGGGGGCGUCGCUAGGGAACAGGAGCAUUUGCUGCGUUGUUCUCCUGCAGACACUACACGCAGAUCCAGACAUCUCAGCCAGGAGGACGAACCACCAGAGCGGCGGAACACGCCCCCUGUUCGUAAUGAUGUAACUCAUAUUUCUGUCAGUCGACUCAAAGAUAGAGUCUACCGGCUCUUUAAGAAGUACCCACAACUUGGCGAACCCUCGAGCGUUUGCCCAAGGGACGAAUCGGUCCAGGGUGGCGGACCCUCAGUGACAGUUGAAAACAACGGCCAGCCUUCACCUCAGACUGCGCAGGGACCCGCCCAUCGGUUCUCGCAAUGGAGCAUGUUGCGAGAGCGGUGGAGUCUGUUUCGUACUGUGAGACGCAGACAGGAAACAGGAAGUGUUUGUAAGGAGGGGCUUCUGCGGUACCUGGAGGUGGAUGACUCUAUGUCCGACACGCCCCCGCAGUGGCUACGCUGCCGCCUGCUGGUCAGGAGGACCAAUGAGCAUACGGCUAGUGAGAGGUACCAGCUAGAGCUCUAUGACCCACCUAAGGACUACAAAACUGCAAAGCUAGCCGUAUCCUGUUCAGAUAUCAAGGAGAUACGACGCUGUAAUCGACUAGAAAUGCCUGACAACAUGAACACAUUUGUCUUAAAGGUCACUGGUCAUCCAGGUAGUUUUAUAUUCGAGACAGAGAACGAGCAGCAGGUGAGCUCUUGGACCACAGAGCUCAGAGAGUGUAUCUGCAGCAGGUCAGAUAGCGUGGAUGGAGAUCCAUUUCCUGUCGGUGACUCGCUUAAUGUAGCUCGCAGAGGGAGCGCAGAGCCCAGCAGCCAGAGCUCUCCGGUUUUUGGCCUAGCAGAGCACGCCUACAAUAAAACGGAUCACUUCUUGUCCUCUUACCCAUGGUUCCACGGGCCCAUAUCACGUGUGCGGGCCGCCUACCUUGUGCAGCAUGCCGGGGUCAGUGGUCACGGGAACUUCCUGGUCAGACAGAGCGAGACGCGGAGAGGAGAUUACGUGCUUACAUUUAACUACCAGGGCAGAGCGAAGCAUUUGCGUCUGUCUCUGACCGAGUGGGGUCAGUGUCGUGUGCAGCACCUGCGUUUCCCGUCAGUCAUGGACAUGCUCAGUCAUUUUCGCAACUGUCCCAUCCCGUUAGAAUGCGGAGCCGCGUGUGAUGUCAUGCUGGCCAAUUACGUGCGAGUAAACCCGACCCACACAGGUCAGAAUUCGGCUCUUGGCUCUCCUGUCUUAGUGCCCUUCUCUCGCUGGAGCUCCGAGCCGAGUCUCGCUCUCUGUAGCCUGGAUUCGUUUCCAUGCUCCAGCCCCUCCAUGGCCCUGUCAGCAUUAGCCCAGGUCCCGCAUCACACUCCUCCAUCACUCCCCGAUCGUCCCGUACCCCUGCGCCGGAGCGAGUCCGUAGGUCGCAGAAACCUGCUCCGCCACCCCAAUCCCUUACCGCCCCUACUGCCCAGCCGAGACUCUGACUAUGAACUAGAGCCUCCCGACAGGGGCCGCAAGAGAGCGAUCGACAACCAGUACAUGUUCUUCUGAGAGAGAAUCAGAGAAGACAACAGAGGCGGAAAACCGCUCUAGAUCUCCACCCGGAUGCAGAGCGUACGGCAGCCAAGCCGCGCGAGGAUUGGUGCGAGACUCCGGGCCGAGACGCACGACACCUAAACCUGCCCUUCUAAGACGCCUGACAGCUGUGUUCCCUGUGUACUAUACAGAUGUUUCACUAGCGUUGGAAAAUGUGUUUAUUUUAGAGUAACGAAAGGAGAAGCAUCCCGCUGGGAUGCAGAAGAUGUGUUUGAGAGAGCGUUUGAGGAAAGUUUCACGAUGGCUGGUCAGUAAGUCGUUUGCAGGCUUGGGAACACACGCCACCAACAACAACCUCGACGAGAGUCUCUAGAAAGGAUGUUUUCACACUUGGUUUGAAUUUCAUGAAGUAAAACAUGAAGACAUUUAAAAGACAUAAAAUAGGUUUGUUUAUAAACGACACUUGUGUUUUUGACGUGCAACGAAUCCCAUUUACAUUUGUUAUAUGUAUGUAGCCUGUAUGCAGACCGCGAGACCGUGUUUUCAAGCAGAACCAGCAAACCUCGAGUCGGAAUUCGGAAGGAAUCCAAACAAUGACGUCAGAAGAACGCAGUGUGAAAGCACCCUUAAACAACGAAACGUUGUUUAACACAUGUACACACUGGACCUCAUCUAUACAACACAAAGAGAACUCAUUUACGUGUAAAUUUGUAAAACAAUUCUUGAGCAAAUUGUUGUAUUGAACCUAAAGUUUGUGCAAACAAUUUACACAAUUUAAGUUCUGCUUGUGUUUCGAUGAGGCCGUACAUGCACGUACAUUUUUAGAUAGCUGAUUUUAUGUUCAGUUGUAGUAAUACACAGGUUUCUAUGUUAUAUAUGUAUAGACCAUAUUACCAUCACAUAGCCAAGGCCUAUACUGUAGUACAGUUAAACCAUUUCGCCUUAGAUUAGAGGUCCCACGCUAGGUUUAUGUCAGCUGACCAAGAUAAAAAUGAUCCGAUCAAGCAAUAACUAAAGUUAGGCCUGAAUUCAUGUCACAUUUUAUAACGAGCUAUAUUUUCCUAAGUCUUGCGUUUUAACACAUUAAGCCUUUCUUGUGUUUCGUGGCAAUUAGCUGUGGAAAUACUACUUUUACAUUAACAGCUACCAAAUCUGACACCCUAAAUAGUGAUUUUAAGCUAUCUGCCAUUUUUCAGUGAACGCAUUACUGAAACGUCGUUUUCAAAGCUCUUUGUGUUUCUUUCAGUAGUCGUGAAUGUCUUUUUUGUGGCUUAACACUAACACUGUAGUCAGAUCUGUAUUAACCACAGAUACCCAAAUGACUUCAUAUCUCGCUCAUACAUAGUUGGGUGAAUCUCAUGAAUUGAACAUUGGAAUUGAUUUUAGGACCACAAAGAUUGUAACUUUUUCAACACAGUUGGAAACGUAUUUCCAACAAAUUCUCACUACUGUUAUGAAUUAUAAUUGAACUAUAUGAUUUUUUUCAUUAGGUUAUAAUAAAUGUAUAGCCAGUGCAAGGCAUUACAGUAAGAAAAAUGAGAUUAUUUAUUAUUAAUAAUAAUAGUGUUUUAUCAUUAUGCGUUAUGGUGAUCAUUACUGGUACUGCUUUAAAAAAGUCUGACCUAACUAGGACUUGAUGUUCUAAAAAUGAUCCAAUAUACAAUUCCUUAUUUUUAAAUUAUUUUUUCUUGACGGAUUUUGUGAGAUUCUCCCAAUGCGUAUUUGACCCAUAUUCCCAGACUGUCAUUUCAUUGUCUAAAAAAGAACAUUUUUUCCCUUCUCCUUGUCAUUCGCUUCACUCCAGAAGUCUGUCUCUGUUACGUUGUGUAUUUACCUUCCUGUCUGAUCUUUAUCAGACGUUGUUUCUUCGUGUUUUUGUUGCCUCCGUACCACAAAGAACCAUUUCUCACCGCUGUGGCAAAGAACAAUCAACCGACUUUUACACUCUAUAAAUAUAUUUAGUUUAACACGAUAUGAAAGAAAGCGUGAACUGUACCUGUGUAUCACUACCUCGGAUUGUAUUGUGGACUGUGUGUUCCGGGUGGACUUGUUUUUGGACAGUAUUGAACAGAUGGAGUUAGACUAUUAUUAAACUUGUGUCAUUGACAUGCACGUCCACUAAUAAGUGAUGUGCUAAAUUCAGCAAAGUAUUGUUUAAAUGAAUAUGCUGCUUUGCAAAUGACCCAGAAGGUCAUGUUAUUAUAAAACACUUGUUUUUAUGCAAAUACGUGGUUUCUAACAUUAUUUGUAAUAUGAAGAGAUUCAGUGUCACAUAUCUGACACUAUCAGACGCAACACAAGCUGGAUUGUGUGGUAAUAAGUGCUUUGUGUUCUGCAGGCCCAUAACUGCACCACCGGCCUGUACAACUUCAGUGUUUUACCGUCACAGAUUUACCCCAUCUGAAGUCCCUAAAAGUUCAGCCAAUGAAUGUACGUCUUCUCUCUCUCUAUACUGUUAUUACUAUGGUUUUUAUGAGAGCACUGUAAACCCCUGAGCUUUACCCUCAGCUAGAAUAACCACGGCUUUCUGAUUAAACGCAUGUUACCUUCCAUGUAGAAAAAUAUGCAUAUUAAAUUAUAUCAAUUGUAUAUUUGAUCUUUUUAGGAAAAAUAAAGCUAAUAUUUC